AAGAAAUAUAGCGGCUUGUGACGAAGGAAUAAACUCUCUUUUCGUUAGAUUUCGUCCGUGUCACUUUUUGGUGGGAUUGGUCUGUAUAAAAUGUAAACGCUCUGGAGCGCUGGUGAUUUUUGACGUUAUAUUUGUGAUCGAAACAUGUUUCCUAGAAAAAUAUUACCGAAGAUACACUUUCUCUGUGUGUUAGCUCUCGUCAGGUCUCAGAAUUAUGAAUACAGUUCGGAUGAGGGGGACACUGAAAGUGAUAUCGAAGGUGACAGCCAUCCUGACUAUUCCAAAUACUAUUCUGUGACACCCAAAGACGCAGGUAUUGCUCUGGCACCCUUCGUUCAACCUCCACAAUUCGGUUUUGGGUUCGGACCGUUCGAAGCAGCGUUUGGGGCGUCAAGUCAAGAAAAACAGAAGUUGACCCCCACGCAAGCUUUCGCGCCAGUCCAAGUGAAACCUGUGUCAGAACAACCAGAUGGUUUCUCCGAUUUCUUCAACAAACAUCUCUUUGGCGGCGUCAAUCAACCCGCCGACUAUUUUGAGCAGUCUCAAACUCGUCAGAAGGAAGAGAGUCGUGAAGAACCCUCAGAGGAUAUUUCAGAAGACAAUGAGGAGGAGAGCGAAGAAGUAGAAGAAAAAUCUGAUGAGUACAACCAGUCUGGACCACGCUACAUCUCCCAAGAUGUAUCAGCGAAAAUACCUCAUCAAGUAGAAACAGUGAAAGUAGAAGCAGGAGGUCUCAAUCUGAUACCUACCCCCUCCAAGGGAGACUUGAGGGAUUACAAGGACCAUUACAAGUAUCUCCCCAACAUUCAACAGCCAAGUCCACCCCAGAUCUAUCCACUAGCAGCUGGAUAUCAGAACAUCCCUCAACAACCAACCAUACCCACCAUAACACCCUAUCAAAAAUAUAGUUUCCAACCAGUGGCAGACUACCAAAACAGACACCUUGAUAACCCGAAUUCCGAAUCGAAUAUAAAACCUAACUAUAGACCGAAAUUCGCAAGAUUCAACCCGUACACCCCACAAGAAUCUAAGAUUGUUCCUAGAGCAGCUGAACGGAAAAACUGCAGGAAAUUGAAGAGAGAUUCCGGCAGCGAAAAAAUCGGUGAUCUCACUUGUUACGUCUGCGAAAACGAAGAAACAAAUUCGAAAGUUACGGAAUGCUCUUACCAAUCUGAACCUGCCAGCACAGACCUCCAUAAGGGAAGCUCAGAAAGGUACUCUGUACCAGCCAAAAAACCGGAUGGAUUCAGAUACAGGAGGGACACAUCUGAUGAGGACUCUGACCCUUACGAAUACGUUAAAAACAGAUCUCUACGCGCAGAAAACGAGAAGGAAGAGGGAGAUCAGUAUGAAUACGAAGGCUACGAUGCUUCUCAACCCGAGAAGAGCUACUCUGAAGUACAAUCCGAGGAGAUAUUGAAAGACCCGAAGAAAUGUACCAACGUGGAAAGAGACGGGAUGUCUUGUAGGGUGUGCAAGGACCCUGCCUCUGGCGGUAAUUAUGAAUCCUGCUCUUUUAGUAGUGCUCCAGAACCUGAGAAAUACGCCUACGUAUCUGAGAAAAACUACAAUAGCAACGAUGAUCCAGACUAUGCUCCUAAAGGUGAUGAAUCGAAGAAUAUACCAAAAAAUACUAAAGCUAACGAUGAUGAAUCUUCAGAAGAUGACACAACGCCUAAGAAAGGAAAAAAGCACUCCAAAAAGAGUGAAUAUAAACGGCCUAAAGGUUCAAAAUCCGAGUACUCAAAUGAUGAACAUCCGAAGAACUUCGAAAGAAAUAACUACAGAGACUAUUCCAAGUCCAAGGGAGAGAAAUCUUCUUACCCCAAAUACGCAGCUGAAACUCGUCAACAAUCUGACCAGGCUGAAAACGAAAAGGAAGAAGAUGACACCAAAUCCAACAGCGAAUCAUCUGAAGAUGCAUCCCCUUAUAAGGACAUAGGAGAAUACAAGUUCAAAUAUUUCCCUGAGUUUUCCAGCGAAGAAUCUAGAAUCAAGGAAGAACCACUAGAUUACGCUGGUACAAAUAAGAAAGAAGUGGAGGAUGUACUAGCGGAUUUCAAGAAGAAGGAUAGGUCUCAAUGCAAACAGGUCAAAAAGAACGGCAUGACGUGUUUCUUGUGUAUCGACGAGAACAAGGUUAAAAACGAGGAAUGUAUGUUCAUUUCCGAAUCAAGACCAAGAGGAACUUAUGCUAAAUACACGAAAACAGAUGAGGUAGGAGAUUCUUCCGAAAUUAAACCUGUUUUAAAAAAAAUCGCAAUUACCAGAACGAAGCGAUCUGGGAGGAAAGACAACGAGAUUAACGUGGCAGAUAGCAGCAAGAUUGAGAGGGUGGUAGCAGCGCCUGAAACAAACCAGAAAGUACCUGAAGAUGCAGAGUUGAAAGCAAGCGCGUCAGCUCAAGAUGCACAAAGAAUUGAGGAGAAAGAUGACGAGCCAAAACUGGAAACUCCUCAAGAGUUUGACACCACUGAUGAGGGUGGAGCAUAUAGUGCAGAGACCAAGCCAGUGUACAGCAAAACGCUGGGUAUGACCUUGCCCAAGUAUAUGUUGGACAAAUCAGAGUUUGAAAAAGAGUUUGAUGCCAUUUUGGAGCAUCAUUGA